AUGGCGCUGACCUUGGGUACGAUUCUCUACGUGGCCAUCCUCCUCAUCAACGCCAUGGCAGUCCUCAGCGAGGAUCGUUUCCUCGCACGCAUUGGCUGGUCCUCCGUAUCACCACCCACAGUGGCGUCUGGCUUUUCACAACCAUAUGCCUCGGCGUACGACCAGGCGGGCUACGCAGCCCAACAGGACAUCGGGAUGAAAGCACGUCUCAUAAAUCUCAUUAGCGCAGUGCGGACAUUGAUGCGCAGUACGUAUGCUACAGUGUAUGACAUGGCUUUACCCUUAAUCGGAAUCAACCUCAUCAUUAUCAUAUACGAGCUGAUCCUCGGCUAUUGA